UUCCCUCUGUCAGCGAAAGCUCUAACCUUUUACUUGCACAAUUCAUCCGUUGGAAUCUUUGGUGGUCUUACUUUUCAAUGGUUAAUGGUGGUUCUGAAAGUGGGUCAAUUUGUAGCGUGUCAAGGGAGGAUAACAUGGCGGUCUCCUCUGAAGAUUCUUCAAGCCCAGAUGAGUCUGAAUUGGAAUUGGGUCUUGGCUUGAGCCUCGGUGGUGGUUCCAAGAUGCAUCAGGCUUCAAAGUGUGGUCAAUAUGCAAGGAUUUUGACCGCUCAAGAUUUCCCUUCUUCGUCUCCUUCUCCAUCCUCCUCCUCCUCUUCGUUUUCUUUAAGUAGAGCUAAUGUCACGGCAGGGACCAAGAGGACUGCUGAUUCAGUGGCUGCUGCUGCUAAUGGAUCUUGUCAAGUGGUGGGGUGGCCUCCCAUCAGAGCUUAUAGAAUGAAUAGCAUGGUUAACCAAGCAAAAGCAUCAUUCACUGAAGGAUUUAACUCGACGACUAUGGAGAACCGUAGAAAGGAGACCUCAAUGGUUGAGAACAGCACCAUUGGCAGCUACCAUAGCAGUGGUAACACUAAUGCCAGCAGGACAUCUCUUUUCGUGAAGGUGAAAAUGGAUGGAAUUCCUAUUGGAAGGAAGGUCGAUCUGAAUGCCUCUGAAUCAUACGAAAAGUUAGCAAAAUCGUUGGAAGAAAUGUUCCCCGAAACCGCCCCGGGUGCCAAUCCAGCAGGAUCGACGGCACGGCAGCAUGAUGUGACAAACAAAACGACAAGACAUUCGAAACUGCUGGAUGGUUCAUCCGAUUUUGUUCUUACUUACGAGGACAAGGAGGGUGACUGGAUGCUUGUUGGAGAUGUUCCUUGGGAGAUGUUCCGUAGCUUGGUGAAGAGGCUUAGAAUCAUGAGGAAAUCCGAGGCUGCCGGAUUAGCUCCAGGAUCAGAAGCAAGGAAUCAGAGGCAAAGAAGAAAGCCCAUGUAGAACACGUUUGUCUCAAAUCCAUCCCUUGGAAUUGGAACAUACAAAG